UAACAUAACGUGUCAAAAAUGCUGCGCUGUGAGGUGUUCACAGUGAAUGGAUUUAUCCUCACAGAUAGUCCGGCUCAGAUCAAAAUCCCACACACGGCCGCGCGAAGCUGAACAGGAUGUCUGGUGCAAAGAUCCUGCUCCUCCUGCAGAGUCUGUCCCGUAGAAAACCUCUGGAGCCUGAAGGAGAGGUGUCAAACUUUCGCCGAUGCCUGACCACUCUGGACCUGGUGGCUCUUGGGGUGGGCAGCACGCUUGGGGCCGGCGUGUAUGUGCUGUCGGGAGAGGUGGCAAGAACCGUAGCCGGGCCGAGUAUCAUCAUCGCCUUCCUGAUAGCGGCGGUGGCCUCGGUCUUUGCGGGACUUUGCUAUGCCGAAUUUGGAGCUCGGGUUCCCAAGACUGGCUCUGCUUAUCUCUACAGCUAUGUGACUGUGGGGGAGAUAUGGGCUUUUAUCACCGGCUGGAACCUGCUGCUGUCCUAUGUCAUAGGGACAUCAAGUGUUGCCCGAGCAUGGAGUGGGACCUUUGAUGAUCUCAUUGGAAAUGUCAUUGCCAACUCUCUGGGGAAACAGGCUUCGAUGGAUUUACCCGGCUUAGCUCCUUACCCAGACUUCUUUGCAGCCGGCCUCAUAAUGCUCCUGGCAGGGAUUCUUGCAUUUGGUGUCAAAGAGUCUGCUAUAGUUAAUAAGAUUUUCACAGCGGUGAACAUCUUGGUGCUGCUGUUUGUGAUCCUUUCUGGAGUCAUUAAAGGGGACAUCAACAACUGGUACCUUAGUGAAGAUUAUCUCCUGGACGAAUACGAAAAUCACACCUCACUGAAUCAGACCACCACAUUUGGCAUUGGAGGAUUUUUCCCUUUUGGCUUUGAAGGAACAUUAGCCGGAGCCGCCACUUGCUUUUAUGCAUUUGUAGGAUUUGACUGCAUUGCCACAACAGGAGAGGAGGUCCAAAACCCUCAGAAGUCGAUCCCGCUCGGGAUUGUGGCGUCCCUCCUCAUCUGCUUCUUGGCUUACUUCGGCGUCUCUGCCGCCCUGACUCUUAUGAUGCCGUAUUAUUUGCUCAGCGUUCACAGCCCACUGCCUGUGGCUUUUACGUACAUCGGCUGGGGCCCUGCAAAGUAUGUGGUGUCUGUGGGAUCCCUGUGUGCUCUGUCAACAAGUUUACUAGGAUCGAUGUUCCCAAUGCCGCGUGUUCUCUUCGCCAUGGCCAGGGACGGCCUUCUCUUCAAACCUCUCAGUAAAAUGAGUGACAGACAAAGUCCUGUCAUAGCUACUUUAGCAUCAGGGGUUGUUGCAGCUAUCAUGGCGUUGUUGUUUGACCUGAAGGCUCUGGUUGACAUGAUGUCAAUAGGAACCCUCUUUGCCUACACACUAGUUGCUAUAUGUAUUCUCAUAUUGAGGUAUCAACCAGAUCUCAGCGAGGAUUCAAGUUUCAGCAAAACAGAGCCCUUCACAGUAACCGGACUUUUAUAUCCUCCAUCUCAAGCCACCUCAAGGACAUCACAAAAUGUGUCUGUUUUGACUGUUUUUAUGAUCUUUUUAGCUGUCGUUCUAAGCCUCGUCAUAUCGAGGGCAGUGGACUCCCUGCAGGCCCUCCAGUGGUGGAGUUUACUUUGUGUCUCUAUAUUUACUCUGAUGUUUGCCCUCACUACCCUGAUCAUCUGGAGACAACCUCAGAGUGUAUCCAAAGCUGCUUUCAUGGUUCCUUUCGUGCCGGCGCUUCCUAUUUUCAGCACUUUAGUCAAUGUUUAUCUAAUGGUUCAACUUGGAUCAGACACAUGGAUCCGCUACGCUGUGUGGAUGGCAGUAGGUUUAAUCAUCUACUUCUGUUAUGGUGUUCACCACAGCGUGCAGAAACAAAGGCUUCAAAAUUCACACAAUCAAGUCAGUAUUCACAGCAUGGCUAUCACGGAGGAAAACUUUGAGCCUGGACAAGAUUUGAAUGGUUAGACAUUUAUGAAAAAACUUCAGAGCGCUGGUUUGUGUUUUUUUAUAAUACUGUUUUG